AGAACAUCGCAAUGGUUCAACGUCUCACUUACAGACGCCGUCUCUCGUACAACACCCGCUCCAACCGCGUUCACGUUGUGAAGACUCCCGGUGCCAACCUCGUCUAUCACUACGAGAAGAAGCCCGUUAAGGCCCCCCGUUGCGGUGACUGUGGCGAUGCUCUCGCUGGUAUCAAGGCUCUCCGUGCCCGUCAGUUCGGUAACGUCUCCAAGACCCAGAAGAACGUCAGCCGUGCCUAUGGUGGUUCCCGCUGCGCCCACUGUGUCAGAAGCCGCAUUGUCCGUGCUUUCUUGAUCGAGGAGCAGAAGAUCGUCAAGCGUGUCCUCAAGACCCAGACCCAGAAGAAAUAAGCGGUUGCGAUGAAAUAAUCAAUUAAUAAUAAAAUCAUUUGUGCUUAUAUAUUAUUCAUCUC